GAAACCCCUCCUCCUUCCCAGCAGGCCAGAGGCUCUCGUUGAAGACGUACCCUGCGCUCGUUGCGCUGUUUCUGGAACCCGCCGCAUGUGUGUCCUUUCUGCGGCUGGCCUCCCAGUCUGCGGUAUUGUCUGGCCGACUCCACGAACCCAUUUAUAUCCCACGAUCCCCCUUCCUUGAUUCCUGCUCACGAAACCGCUCACCUUCACCUCUCACUUACUUCUCAGAUUCCAGACCCCGGCUUGGAACCGUUUCGCGAUACCCGGAUUUUUUGAUUGCUCAGAUCAAGAUGGUUUCUGAUGCUGCAAUGCUCUUGGAUCCGCGGAACUACAAGCGGCAGUUUCGCGCAAAUGACCCCAGGACCCAGGACUCGAGCGAUUCGCCACAGGCUGGCGCUGCAAAUGUCGCUACGCCAGCAGGUACAUUGUCCAUAGCGCAUCGCCUAUUGAACCCUCGACGUGACGGCACCCCCUCGGCGAACCGAAUGAAGCCCUCGCCGCGUGCUGAAACGGCCAGCUCGAGAAUCGACCGCUCAGGGCAGCAAAACAAGAUGGAGGCCGGGUCGGGCAUAGAGUUUCGGUUUGCGAGCCCUCAGGAGGAGUCUGGAAACGAUGCAAAGCGGAGCUCCGAGUAUCUAAAUGCCUUUAACGAGUCGCAGCACGGGAGCUUCAUAGAGGACAUGUACAACGUGGAGAGGCGGGGGAACCAUAUGCGCAAACGGCUGAAAAUGGACCACAACCAGAACUCGACGAAGAAGUCGAGUUUUCACCCGCAUGAGAACAAUGGACUAGGAAAGUGGAUGAAAAGUGAACAAGGAGUUUCCGACACCUCGUCUCCAGCAACACCUGACAUCGUGGAUUUGACUAUCGAAACACCCAGCCAUUCAAGCAAUGAUGAUGACUUGCAGGUUACAGGUGCCAAUAAUCUCAGCCACCAGAGAGUCUGCUAUGGGAAACUUGAAAAUGCCAUGAUCCAAGCGCAUUUUGUCCCGAAGCCUUCUGCAAAGAGUAUCUUCUCCGAUUCAAAACACGACUGGCCUUCGAUGAAACUGGCGGUGCACCGCCAAUCAGGUCCAGGCAACAGGAUCGCGGUCUCGGAUCCGAAUACAAAGGUGUUUGGGGCCAUUGAUGCAAAGACCGCCACGGCUAUUGCUCCACUUCUCGAUUUUCCUGCUUUGAAGGUUGAUCUAACUGCACGGCUGGAUGUUCGCAAGCGACUUCCAGGUGAGGAACCGUGGGGCCAUUGCUCUGCGUUGUACCGCGCUUCAAUCAAUCUCUAUGGCCUGCGCAAGGACGCAGAACUUAUCGGCAAACAUUUGGGACAGCAUAAUGUCUGGCUGGGCACUCCAAACUCUGUCGAGCCGGGAGUGCCCGUGUUCAAUCCCCAUGCAGAGAAAAGGCGGGCUCAGGCAAAUUUUGCACCAGUCGGCGGUCCUCGUGGACGACUUGGCAUCAACUACGAAAUUCGCACGGCCGAGGAAGUCAAUGAUGCAGUCAUGAAGAUGUUCGACCAGCUGAGGACUGCUGACAACCUCCCCGAGAUGGAGCCACCCGCGUCUGUCCAGACGCCAUUGCUUCGGCAUCAAAAACAGGCCCUGUGGUUUAUGUCGGAGAAGGAAAAACCUCGUAGAUUCGGUCCAAAGGAGGAAGAUAACAAUUCGCUUUGGAGAAUCCAUUAUCGUGCCAACGGCCGCAAACAGUACCGGGAGGUCAUUAGCGGUACGGUUGUGGACGAAGAGCCACCACAGACCUUAGGCGGUCUAUUGGCAGAUAUGAUGGGCCUGGGGAAGACGUUGAGCAUUCUCUCCCUCGUUGUUUCCUCCAUUCAGCAAUCGCGCGAAUGGGAGAACAUGGUACCCCAUCAGGAUCUGGUCCAUAGCCAGCCAGGGAUCCGCAACACCAGAACGACGCUUCUGGUCGUCCCCCUAAGCACUGUCAACAACUGGGUGGCACAGAUCAAGGAACAUCUUCGGGAGGACAGCCUCUCAUACAACGUUUUUCAUGGUUCUUCUAGGACGACUGACGUCGAAGAGUUGUCUCGUUUUGACUUGGUCAUCACAACUUACAGCAUCGUUCUGAGCGAGUUAUCCGGACGAGGCACCAAGCGCGGCGUAAGCCCCUUGACUAAGAUGAACAUGUUUCGGAUCGUGUUGGAUGAAGCGCAUACGAUCCGAGAGCAAAGUGCUGCUCAGACGCAGGCCAUCUUCAAACUCAAUGCCCAGCGCCGCUGGUCGGUCACGGGCACGCCGAUCCAAAACCGCCUGGAGGAUCUGUUGUCGGUGACCAAGUUUCUGAGCCUCUUCCCUUACGAUGACCGAAGUCGCUUCGGCGCUCAUAUCCUCAGCAGAUUCAAGACCGGGGAUCCGAGCGUGCUAGCCAGCUUACGUGUGCUCGUGGACUCGUUCACGCUGCGACGGGUCAAGGACACAAUCGACUUGCCUCCUCGUCAUGACCAAAUUAUCAGCCUGACUUUCACAGAUGAAGAGCAGCAGCUGCACGAGUUCUUCCGGAAAGAGUCGAACAUGAUGAUGAACGUGAUUGCCGGCGAAAGCAAGUCGAAGAUCGGUGGCCGUAUGUAUCAUCAUGUUCUCAAGGCCAUGAUGAUACUUCGGCAGGUCAGUGCCCAUGGCAAGGAACUUCUAGACAGGGACGACCGAGAACGUAUCAAAGGGCUGAGCGUCCAGGAUGCCAUUGACCUGGAAGAGGGAAACAAUGAUCCGACCGCGGCGGCGACCGAUAGGAAGGCAUAUGAAAUGUUCACUUUGAUGCAGAAUUCGGCCGGGGACUCGUGUGCGCUCUGUGGCAAACGGCUUGAAGAACCGGAUACAGGCAACGAUGCGGCCGACAGGAAGGCAGUCAUGGCCAUCAUGCUGCCAUGCUUCGACGUUCUCUGUCUGGACUGUUUUUCGGGCUGGCAGCAAGCCUUCGAUACUCAGGCCGGCUCAGAGGUUAAAUGCCAGGCAUGUGAGGGGUGGAUCCCGAUGGCAUAUUCCACUAUCACUCCCGCUGGCUUAAAGAAAUACCUGGUCGAGCAAGCCGAGGCCAAGCAAACUCGCAAGCAAGGCAAGACCCUAGGGGACUAUGAGGGCCCGCAUACCAAGACAAGGGCGCUCAUCGAUCACCUUCUGCAAGCCGCCGAGCAGACCAAGAUCCUGAAAGAAAACAGCGAACCCCCGAUCAAAAGCGUGGUCUUUUCUGCAUGGACAUCACAUCUCGACCUUAUCGAGAUCGCCCUACGAGACAACGGCAUCACGGGGUACACCCGUCUGGACGGCACCAUGUCCCUCGCAGCCCGCAACAAUGCUCUGCAGAUAUUUCGCGAUGACGACAGCGUGGUGGUCCUUCUAGCAACCAUUGGGGCCGGCGGCGUCGGUCUCAACCUGACCUCCGCCUCCCAAGUGUAUGUGAUGGAGCCGCAGUACAACCCUGCGGCCGUGGCCCAGGCGGUAGAUCGCGUCCAUCGCCUAGGGCAAACGCGCGAGGUUUCCAUCGUACAGUUCAUCAUGAAGAGCAGCAUCGAGGAAAAGAUCUUCGAGCUGGCCAAGAAAAAGCAACAGCUAGCCGACAUGAGCAUGAAUCGGGGCAAACUGGACCGCAAGGAAGUCCAGGAGCAGCGCAUGAGGGAAUAUCGCAGUCUUUUCAAGUAACUUUCCAAGCUAAUCACCAUUUUCAUCUUCUCCCUUCCUCCCCUUUUGGUUUUUUUUUUCUUUUCUUUUUACCGUGUGAAACCUGGCGCGGAUAUAUGCAGAUUACAAGACGGCUGGCGUUGGGCAUUUGAUAUUCUUCCAGCUUCAUCUGAUACCCGAUUCAUCAUACCUUUUUAUUGCUUUUUCUUUUUCUUUUUUUUUUAUUCUCAGUUAAUAUUUAGUGUCUACACCUCAAAGGGGCCACUUACACUCCAGUUACCAGGCAUAGAAUGCGAGCUUACGCUCUAUCCCUUCAGUCAUCUUUCGAGCAGUUUGAUAUACUUUACCGGGC